AUGCCUCUGUUUGUAAUCGCAUGCUUUCGCCUUUUCAUUCCACUUCUUUCCAGCCUCUCCUCCAGUCUCGCCUCUCCGCUUCCUCUGCUCCACUGCCUGUCCGUCGCAAUCGUCGACCGAAGCGCUGCAUGUCCCGGCCGAGCAGUCCAACGGCAAUCUGGACACGUCAACCGGUUCACCUCAUCUUGCGCAGCCGACUUCAGCCUCUCUUCCGCCCUCCCUGACGGACUGACCGACUGGGCACACGAACAACCUCGACGCGGAUACAGAGACAAACACCGAUUAGGCCGCCCAGGGGCAUGCGCGAGUUUGAGCAUAUUGGGGCUUUCGUGUGUGUUCAUCCGUUGCCCCGUUGAAAAUCAAUCGGCUUUUCUGUUUGUUUCAGUCGAGUUAGGCGCGAACACUGAACAUGAGGAAUCAUUCUACAGCAAAAGUGAUUGGAUUUCGACAAACCCUGUCCCCUCGAGGGUACUCUUCUGCCGGCAGAAACUAUGUUGCCCCGGCAACUGGGUGAGGACCACCGUUCGAUAA